GAGACCGGUGUGGACUGUGAAGCGAGGGGCGGGUGAUCACUUAUACCUAGCGGCUGUGUGGCAGACGGUACAGGUUGUGGCCGGACAUAGGAAUCUCCAAUAUCAUGGCACCCGGAAAGAAAAGAACCACCCGUGCACAGAAAAACCGUACUGUGAAAAAUGAAAAGCUCGCCUCUUUCAUCAAGGACUUUGACAGUCAAGUCAAGACAAUAGUAGAAGAAUUAAAAGCCAAUGUUGUGAGCAGCCUGAAAGAUGUUGAUAGCUUGUAUAAUAUUGAACUUAUCAAGCUACCAGUGGCUAUCCGAGAAAUGUGCUGGAUUGAUUUUUUUGCAAAAGGAGGCAGCCUAAAAGCUUUAGAGGAAGCUGCAAAGGUGAAUGUGGACAUGGAGCAAAUAACAUCAAGUGUUACGCAAACACCCUUUAAACCUGCCAGGAAAGCUUGUGUACCUGCUCAAUUGGACUUACUUUUGCACAAUCUUGGAUCUUUUGUAUUGAUAGAGGAGAUGCACAACAGGGCUGUUAAGAGACCUUCCAGCUCAGUGAGUCAGUCUGCUAGUAUUAAGAAAGCCAAGAAAACAAAAGUCGACUCCAUUGAAGCAGUGGAAAACUUUCCAGUAAAGAGUGUUCUCAGGACAAGAACAAAUGCAAAAGUUUCCACCAAGAGACUUGGCACUGCAAGGAAAGCAAGAGUUUCUGCUGCAAAUACAACUGCUAAAGGUAAAAGAAGCCGUACAACUCCUGCUGGCAGCAGAUUGGCAGACGCUUCAGUAGUUGGCUACACCCCAAUGGUCACACCCAAAAUUGAUACCAGGUUGUUUAAAACACCAGCACUUAGAACACCAGGAAUACAGGAACCAGUUUAUACUUUUUCAGCGAAUGGAAGCCCCCUUGCCGGCAUGAAUGAUUUGUUCAUUAAUUUACCUGCAAAGAAUGGGAAGAACAUUCGUCUGACGGCUGAUGACAUUGAUGUGAACUUAAGUAGUCUGGACCAGAGGGCACUGGAAAACAUUAAGCUUUUAUCAAGUCGCCUGGAAAAAAUAUGCAAAAAAAUCUAGUCGCCUUAUAUAUUUUUGUUUUAUGAUUGGUACUGUUUUGUGUACCUUUAUUUUGUAAAUACUUGUAUUCCCUGUUUAUUAUUUUGUGACUACCAGACUGCCAAGUAGAGGUGUAACAAAUAAAGAGGUCUGUAACAAA